GAAAAAACUCUUAAACAUUACCCUUUUUCUACAAUAUUCCACUCACAUUUUGUCAAAAUGGAAAAAAAUCAUUUUACCGUCGAAUUUUUGGCAACAUCAUUGGUUGAAAAACUAGAUAGGAAGAAUAUCUUCCCACCAUUAUUUAAUGAUCCAGAAUUAUUCGUUGCUUCAAUUGAAUCAAAAGCAAAAAAGCCACCUAAUUCUUUCUUAAUAUGCAGACUCAAUGUUUCCAAAGAAGCAAACAAGAGUGGAAACCAUAAUAUGCGUACAAUAAGUAAAACAGCAAGUAUUUUAUGGAACGGCGCCACACCUCAAGAAAAAAAUGUUUAUAAGAAGUUAGCUGAGCGGGUUUAUGAAAUUUAUGCAUUGAGAUAUUCACUUAUAUCUCUUUCAUCUGAAGUUGAAUCAACGGAACUUCAGAAAGUACCUUCCCUUUCAUUAACACAACCUCCCAUCUCCGUUCCAUCCCCGACAGCCAUAACACUAGAAACAUUUCCACCUAUUAUUUAUAAUUAUUAUAUUACAAGCUGCGAUAACAGCGAUGAUCCAUUUUUUUACAAUGAUAAUGAUAAUCAAAAUGAACAUUUUUAUUUUCUUCCUUAUUAUAAUUAUAAUGAAUACUAUAAUUUGUAG